UUGAACCACAUAUUGGAGCUAUUGAAUAUGCAACUACUGCCUCAAAUGAAGAGCAUUUGAACUUGCUCUGCCUUUUUGAACCUGGUAAAUUCCUGACACUAUGAUUAAUAAGUUCCACAAUCAUUUCAAUAUGAUUACAUAUACAACUGCUCUGCCUUUUUUGUAAACCAAUUUUUAUGUUGUUACCUCUAAAUUCUCUUAGGUGCAUCAUCAAGUGGACAGAAGCACAAAGAUGCUACCCGAAGGGCUUAUAAAAAGCCAAAUGAGAUCAUUGAAGCCAAUGUUGACCAACUGUUAAGUCCAACUGAUGAUAGUGACUUGGAAUGGGGAAAAGGGAGGCUUGAGAGUUCAACAGAUGAUAACAACUCUGAUUUUACAAAAGAAUGUGAUGAAUCUGAGACAGAGUCUUAUUAUGGGGGCUUCUAUGAUAGUGAUGAGGAUGGUCACAUUAGUUGCAAGAGAGUACGCAUAUCGAAAAUUGUUGUUGAUCCAAACUCAAAAAUUCCUAUAUCAAAAGUUAGAGACAUUUACCAGAAUGGAAAGAUAGUGCUUCAGUUGUGGCAAACAUUUAGAGACCACAAGCACUUUUGGGAAGUGUUGAAAGAUUAUGCUAUUCAGGAAGGUUUUGAGUUGCGUAAAGUGAAGAAUGCUAGAAGCAGAGUCACAACACUUUGUUGAGCAGAAGGAUGCACUUGGAGGAUACAUGCUUCUUUAUCUCCUGAUGGAAGACAUUUUAUCGUCAAAUCAUUGAAUCAGGAGCACAAAUGUCAAUGUGUAGUGAAGAAUAGGACAGUAACCGCUAGUUGGAUUGCACAUAAGUUUCAUAAUAGUUUUGCUAGAACACCUGAUCUGAGUUUGCAAAAAAUGAGGGAUGAGUUGAAAGACAACUUUGGCAUCGAGGCAACUAACAGACAGUUAUGGAAAGCGAGACGGAAGGAAAGAGGAGAUGUUGGUGGUGGUUAUGUAUACUCCUAUGCAAUUUUAAGGAGAUAUGCUGUUAUGAUUCAUCGCACUAACCCUGGGAGUGCUGCUAUUGUACAAAGUCAACUUGUGCCUGUCAAUAUAGAUGAUGGUGAGAUUGUAAAAGCCCCAAGAAUGCAGCCACAAUUCAAGAGAAUUUUCGUCUGCUAUGAAGGGGUCAAAAAUGGCUUCUUAGCCGGAUGUAGACCAUUUUUUGGAUUAGAUGGAUGUCAUCUAAAAGGGCCACACAAAGGCAUUUUUUUGGCUGCUGUGGGGGUUGAUGCAAACCUCCACUUCUACCCCCUUGCUUGUGCAAUUGUUGAAGCUGAAAACACAGAUAGUUGGAGUUGGUUUUUGGAGUUACUGAGUGGAGAAAUAGGGGACACUGCCAGUGGCCAGCCAUGGUGCGUCAUGAGUGAUAGACAAAAGGUUAGUGUUGUAUCUUCCCAUUUAGAUUCAUUUUUAUUUACACGCUUGCGUAAAUCUAAGACCAAGUUUCAUUUAUGUAGGGACUAAUUGAGGGUGUGGCUGCUAUACCAGAGGCAGAACACCGAUAUUGGUGUUUUCACAUUGAGAACAACAUGAUAAAAAAGUUUGGAACAUCACAACUAAGGGGUCUGUUUUGGGCAGCAGCUGAGACAACGAAUUUCAACACUUUCAAGCGCAUUAUGGACAUGAUAAAAGAAUUCAACUUAGAGGCACAUGAGUGGUUAUCAAAUAUUGAGUUCAAUCAUUGGACUUUGAGCAAGUUUGACACUAGAGCGAAGGUAGAACACAUUACCAACAAUUUCGUUGAGUCAUUCAAUGAUUGGAUAGAGGAGCAUCGUUACAAGCCUCCAGUGGAUCUGUUGGAAGGGCUAAGAAUGCAACAAUCAGCCAUGAUGUAUGCUAGGAAAAAGACUGUAGAAAGAUGGGAGCACAAGCUCACUCCAAAGGUCCAUCAAAAGGUACACGAACUACUCAAGAAAGGUCGACGAGCACACGUAACAAGGGUUGGUGAAGAAGAAUUUCAGGUUGAUUAUGACAAGAAAAGUUGUAUUGUAAGAUUAAAUGAAUGGUACUGCAUUUGUGGGCAAUGGCAGGUCAGAGGAAUACCAUGCAUACACGCAGCUGCUUGUAUAAGCAAAAUUAGGGGCAACAUAGAAGAUUAUUUCUCACCAUACUUCACCACUGAAAUGUGGAGGAAUACUUUCCAGGGUGUAAUUCAUCCCAUAGCUGAUGAAUCUAUGUGGCCUGAGUUUGAUGAUGAAGAACUAUUGCCUCCUGUCAUAAAGGUGCAACCAGGAAGACCUAAAAAACAUCGUAGAAGAAGAGUUCCUGGAGAGGAGAGACCAUUGCCAUCAAUGAUAGAAAACCAGCCACAGAGACAUGUUUCUAGCACCAAAAAGUGUAAGAAUUGUCAUGAGUUUGGGCAUAACAAGAGGACUUGCAAGAAUCCGAGCAUCAUAUCACAAAAUCAACCACCUGAAGGCUCUGCUCAAGCACAAGUACCACUUGAAGGCUCAUCUCAAGCACAAGUACCACCACCAAUAGGCAGGGACCGUGGAAAGACAAGUGCUCGAGGCAAAAAAGAUGCACCAACAACAAAAAGCAAAGGCAGAGAUCGAGGUCGAGGUUCAAGUUGGGAGCUUAGAUGCAUCUCCUGGGGAGAUGCACUUGUCUAGAGCACCAUUAGAUAUUUUCUCAACUCAGGAUACUUAGUGGAAUCACAACCACAAUAAAAACUUUUGAAGAACAUUAUAUAUUUUGUCUUAGGUUAUAUAUGCCUUCUUUUGUUCAUUUUGUAUGGCAUAAACCAUAGAUAAUUGUUGGCUUUAUUUUGUGCUGGCUUUAUUUUGUACAUGUUUUGAUGUACUUUAGUUGGCUUUAUUUUGUAAAGCAAAGAUAGAUAGCUGACUUUAUUUUGUGCUGGCUUUAUUUUGUAAAGCAAAGAUAGCUACUGACUGUUGUGGUUUUAUGAUGGAAUAUGCAAUGAGUUUCAUUUUGCAAUCUUA